AUGUAUUAUAGUCUAAAUAGAAUAAUUGGAAAUAAUGAUAAUAUAAAAAUCUUAGAAGAUCUUGUCAUUAAUGAUGAAAUCUCUGAAUUAUUUGGUGGGGUGAGUAUAGUCGAUAACUCGCACAAUGAUGAUAAAGAUGUAUAUUAUAAUUAUGAUCAAGAAGUAGAUGCAAAUCAAAAUAAAGAAAAUAUUGUGACUGAUAAUGAUUAUGAUAUGGAUAAAAAUUAUGAAAAUAAUGGUAAUGAUAAUAGCAAUAAAUUCAAUGAUGAAUAUAAUUAUAAUCUAAAUAGUUUAAAUAAUAUUAAUGAAUCGUUUUCGGGAUUAAUUAUUGUUCCAUUGCCAUCUGAAAAACUUAAAGAAUUGGAAAAAUAUUGGAAAGAUGAUAAAAAAAAGGGAAGAAGAUUUGAAGAAAACCAUUUAAUUCAAUUAUUAAAUUUAAAAAUUCGAAUAAUUGAAUUGAUCGAGAAUUAUAUGAUGGAAAUUGAUUUACAAUAUUCGUCAUUAAUAAACAAUCCGAGUUUAUUUAAUCAAAUUGUGAUGAUUACAGCAUAUUAUCAAAGCUUAAUUAUCAGUGAUCCAAGAUUUAGCUUAAUUGAGUUAAGAAUUGAAAUAGUUUCAAAAUUAGUAAAGAUUAUAUAUAUGAUUUGGCAAAAAAGUUAUAAAAUGAGCAAAUCAUGUGAUAAUAGUAAUGAGGAAAAAUAUAUAAUUAAUUUAAUUUCAAAGGGGGCAAAUCAUGAGCUAUUAAUUAUAUUGUCAAGAAUUGUUUAUUCAUCAUCGAUUAGAUUAUUUGGGGAAUAUGGUGAAUUUUUAAAAGAAGUUCGAUAUAAGUGUGGUUAUAAAGGAUAUUUAUUUAAUGAUAAUUUAGAAAAAAGAAGCCGGGAGAUUAAUGGGAUAGAGAAUGUUGACGAGAUUAAUCAAGAUAUAAUAAUAGAAAAUGAUUUGAAUUUAUUAAAUGGGUUGGAGAAUUCGUAUAGUGAUGAAACAAUUAAUUAUUCAAAGGAGAUAUUUCAAGUGAUUUGUACAAUGGAUGAAUCAGAUAAUAUUUAUAAUUCGAUGAAUUAUUAG